AUGGCUGCUGUUGCGAAUGGUAACACUAAACGCUAUUCUUGGUGGUGGGAUAGUCACAAUACCCCCAAGAACUCUAAAUGGCUUCAGGAGAAUCUUACAGAUAUGGAUAGUAAAGUCAAGCAGAUGAUCAAGGUUAUUGAAGAAGAUGCAGAUUCCUUUGCCAGGCGAGCAGAAAUGUAUUACAAAAAGCGGCCUGAACUUAUGAAACUGGUGGAAGAGUUUUAUAGAGCAUAUCGUGCGUUAGCUGAAAGAUAUGAUCAUGCGACCGGUGCUCUUCGUCAUGCUCAGCAGACUAUGGCAGAAGCGUUCCCGAAUCAAGACCCCAUGAUGUUUGGUGAGGAGUCACUUGGUGGUGCUUCCGCAGAUGAGUUUGAUCCACAAACGCCGGAGAGUUAUCCUCCUAUCCGAGCUCCGGUCUACCCCAGUGAGUUACAGAAAGAUGCGUUGGGGGUUUCUUUCUCUCAUAUGAGUACCGUCAAGCGAAACAUAGCCUUUAUGGAAGAGCCUCACUCUGGAAGUAACGGGAACGGUUUGAAAAUUGCAAAGGCAAGAAAAGGACUGAAUUUCAAUGAUGAUGGAAAAGGAAGAAACGCUAAGGUUCUUUCGGAAUCUGAACGCGCUAGCAAAGCCGAGGCUGAGAUUGUGGCUUUAAAAGAUGCUCUUUCUAAAGUGCAGGCUGAAAAGGAAGCUAACUUAGCUCAGUUUGAUCAGAAUUUGGAGAGGCUGUCUAAUCUCGAGUCUGAGGUGUCUCGUGCACAAGAGGACUCCAGGGGGUUUAAUGAACGAGCCACGAAAGCCGAAGCUGAGGUUGAAACACUCAGAGAAUCGCUCAGUAAACUAGAAGUUGAAAAGGGAUCCAGUCUUCUUCAAUAUCAGAAAUGUCUACAAAACAUAGCUGAUAUGGAGGAUCUCAUUUCUCUAGCUCAGAAGGAGGCUGGAGAAGUAAAUGAGCGGGCCAGCCAAGCUGAAGCUGAGACUAUAGCCUUGAAACAAAGUCUUGUUAGAUCAGAAACGGACAAGGAAGCUGCUCUUGUUCAGUAUCGGCAAUGCUUGGAAUCCAUAUCUAACUUGGAAGAGAGGUUGCGCAAGGCUGAGGAAGAUGUGAGGUUAAUCAAUCAGCGGGCAGAAAAUGCUGAGGGUGAAGUUGAAAGCUUGCAGCUAAAGGUCUCUAAAUUAGUUGAAGAAAAUGAAGCCUAUGAAGUCCAAUACCAACAGUGUCUGGAUACAAUUGCAGAUCUAAAGCUCAAGCUAUUUCACGCUCAAGAGGAAACUCAGAGACUUAGCCGUGAAAUAGAGGAUGGGGUUGCUAAGUUAAAAUCUGCAGAGGAAAAAUGUGACGUGCUUGAGAGAUCAAAUCAAAAUCUGCACACUGAGCUGGAUGGUCUAUUGGAGAAACUGGGGAAUCAAAGUCAUGAGCUCACGGAGAAACAGAAAGAGAUGGGAAGAUUGUGGACUUGUGUACAAGAAGAAAACUUGCGUUUCGUGGAGGCUGAGACCCCCUUUCAAACUCUUCAGCAAUUGCACUCUCAGUCUCAGGAGGAGCUAAGCGCUUUAGCAUUGGAACUGCAAAACAGGUCUCAAAUCUUGAAAGAUAUGGAGGUCCGUAACAAUGGUUUACAGGAGGAAGUCCAGGAAGCCAAAGACGAGAACAAAAGCCUCAGUGAUCUCAAUCUAUCUUCGGCUGCAUCAAUAAAAAGUUUGCAGGGGGAGGUCUCACGACUACGGGAGACAAUAGAGAAACUUGAAGCAGAAGUUGGGUUGAGAGUGGACCAGAGAAAUGCUUUGCAGCAAGAAAUAUACUGUCUUAAAGAGGAACUAAGUCAGAUAGGGAAGAAACACCAGUCCGUGGUACAACAGGUGGAGUUGGUUGGUUUACAUCCUGAAGAAUUUGGGUCUUCUGUCAAGGAGCUGCAGGAGGAGAACUCAAAGCUAAAGGAAAUAAAGGAAAAGGAAAGUAUCGAAAAGCUGUCCCUUCUUGAGAAGUUAGAUAUGAUGGAAAAGCUUGUUCAGAAAAACCUUCUCCUUGAGAAGUCCAUAUCAGAUUUGAAUUCUGAGCUGGAUACAAUCAGAGGAAAGCUGAAGACAUUGGAGGAAGCUUGUGUGUCACUGGGAAAAGAGAAAACAGACCUUCAUUCUGAGAAGGACAUGCUGAUUUCCCGUUUGCAGAGUGCUACAGAAAACAGCAAGAAACUCUCUGAGGAAAACAGGUUGCUGGAGAAUUCUCUUUCUGAUGCCAAUGCAGAACUUGAAGAACUCAAGUCAAAAUUGAAAAGCCUAGAAGACUCCUGCCACCUUCUGAAUGAUGACAAGUCCAGUUUAGCUGGAGAAAGAGAAAGCCUACUCUCUCAGAUGGAUAUAAUGAGAAAAAGCAUUGCAGAUCUGGAGAAAGAACAUGCAGAGUUAAAAGUGAAAGUUUUGGAAUUAGCGACCGAGAGGGAAUCUUCCCUUCAGAAGAUUGAAGAGUUGGGGAAGUCUUUAGAUGCCAAGGACCGUGAGUAUGCUAGCUUUGUGAAAUUGUCUGAGAGUCGGAUGAAUGGCAUGGAAUCAAAGAUCCAUCAUCUUCAAGAUGAAAAUCAAGUGGAACAAGAUCGAGCUCAUGAUGCUCACGUUGAGAUUAUUGUUCUGCAGAAAUGUUUGCAGGACUGGCUUGAGAAGAGUUCCUCUUUGGUUGCAGAGAAUCAGAAAAUGAAAGAGGCGUCUCAGCUGUUAGAGAAGAUAGUCUCUGAACUAGAACAGGAAAAUAUUGGGAAACAAGUGCAGAUUGAGUCCUCGAUUACCUGCAUUAGCAUACUGAGAACGGGGAUCCACCAGGUAUUGAUGAAGCUUGAAAUUACUCCAGGUACAGAUUCCGGUGAUGAGAACUCGCAAGACCAGAAAAAUAUGCAUGACAUAUUGAGUAGACUUGAUGGAAUGCAAACUAUGCUAUUGAAGAUUCAGAAUGAAAACCAGCAGUCUGCUAUAGAGAACCUCGUCCUUGUUGAAUUCCUUCGGCAGCUUAAAUCAGAAGCUGUUGGUAUUGCCACAGGGAAGCGCAUCCUUGAGAAAGAACUUGAAUCUCAGCGUUACCAGACUCAGAAACUUAUCAACACGAAUGGAGAAUUGAGCACUAAAGUUUAUCAAGGAAUCAACAGAGAAGAGGUCUUGAAGGUGAAAAUUGAGGAUUUGCACAGGCAGUUCGCCAUUGAGAACCUCGUCCUUGUUGAAUUUCUUCGGCAACUUCAGUCAGAAGCUUUUGGUAUUGCAACAGAGAAGAGAAUCCUCGAAGAAGAACUUGACUCUCAGCGUUGCCAGCUCUCGUCUUCACGGGAGGAGACUCAUAAUCUUAUCUACGUGAAUGGAGAAUUGACCACAAAAGUUAAUCAAGGAGUCAACAGAGAAGAAGUCUUGAAGGUGGAAAUUAAGGAUUUGCAAAGGCAAGUCUUGCAAUUUCGAAAUGACUACACCAUUUUGGAGGGAGAGAAUUGCAAAACUCUAGACGAGAAAAGGCACUUGACAAAGUCGACACUGCGGUUGGAGGAGGAGAAACGUAAGCUAGAAGAGGACAUCUAUUUGCUUCUUUCCGAGACUCUAUACCAAAGCAAUCUCAUUCUUCUUUUGGAGGAUGUCCUCUUGGAAAAACUUUCAGGAGCGGUGAAAUUAAACGAGGAUUUGGAGAGACUCACUUUUGUUAAGUGUAAUCUCGAGGAGGAGAUAAAGGAGGUUGGUGAUAAGUUAGAUUCUGCAGAAACUAAGAACUUGCAGCUUCAAGGUUUGCUAGAGAAAUCGGAUGCUGAAGUGAUCUCUGCCAGAUCAGCCAAUGAUCAGUUGGAACAUGAAAUUGCUAACGUGAAGGAUCAGUUGGGUCAGAAGGAGAAAGAGCUUUUAGAAGCAAUGCUGAUGAUCUCCGUCGUGCAAAAUGAAAAAUCUGAAUUAUCAAAGGCAGUGGAGGGUUUAGAAUGUAGAUACAAGGAAGCCAAAGCGAUAGAAGAAGAUAAAGACAAGCAGGUUUUGAAACUCAGCGGAGAUUACGAUGAGCAGGUUAAGAAGAAUAGUCACGUGAAUGAAGCUAAUCUGAAACUGGAAGCUGACUUGAUGAACUUACUCAUGGAACUCGAAGGAAUCAGAGCGGAGAAGGAAAAGCUAAACGAGGAGCUUUUGAAAGAAAAGAGUGAGAUUGAGCAAUGGGAGUCUCAAGCUGCGACAUUGUUUGGAGAUUUGCAGAUUUCGGCUGUUCAGGAAACAUUGCUUCAAGGAUUGACCCAUGAGCUAGCCGAAGCCUGCAAGAACCUUGAGGAAAGAAGCACAUUAAAAGACGUGGAGAUUGACCAGCUCAAAGGAAGAGUGAACAACUUGGAGGAUGCUAACAAAGGACAAAACGAUGUUAUGAGCAAUUACGGCCAAGCUAUUUUCUUGCUGAAGGAAAGCAUAGAAUCUCUGGAAAAACAUAUUUCCAUGCCUCACGAAUUCGAGAAUGAACCAGCCAUUGACACUGCUUCGGUGGUGGAUGAAAACGAUGGAUUCUUGGAGCUGCAAGAAAUGCGAUUGAGAAUCAAAGCUGUUGAGGAGGCAGUAACCAGAAACCUUGCAAUGGAAGAACAAAAAGCUACUUCUACCCGAAGAAGCAGAAGGAGAAGUGGAAGUCUACGGAAACCGAACCAUGAAAUCUAUUUGGAUGAAAGCGAGAUGAUCACAAAAGACAUCGUACUCGAUCAGGUUUCUGAUUGUUCUUCAUAUGGGAUAAUAAGUAAGAGAGACAUCCUGAAGAUAGAAGAUGAUCCCGGUUUUGAGGUAAAGCCACAAACACCUCAGAAAGGCAAAUCAUUGUCUGAAGAGUCUUUGGUUGUUGACAAACUAGAGAUCUCCGAUAGAUUCACGGAUCCAAACAAAGAAGUAAACCAGAUGAAAGUUCUCGAGAGACUUCAUUCGGAUUUGCAGAAGCUCUCAAAUCUUCAUAUAGCCGUAGAAGAUUUGAAAAGCAAAGUGGAGAGUGAGGAAAAAGGCGAGAAAGGAAAAGAAGACGAGUACGAAACGGUCAAGGGACAGAUCAGCGAAGCAGAGGAAGCACUAGAGAAACUUCUAAGCAUCAACAGAAAACUGGUGACAAAAGUGGCAAGUGGAUUUGAGAGAACAGAAGGAAGCAAGUCAUCAAUGGAUCUUGAUGAGAGUGAGAGUAACAGAAGGAGGAGAAUAUCAGAGCAAGCGAGAAGAGGAUCAGAGAAGAUCGGGAGGUUACAGUUGGAGAUACAGAGAUUACAGUUUCUGUUACUGAAAAUGGAAGGAGAAAGAGAGGAUCGUGCUAAAGCGAAGGUAACGGAUAGCAAAACGAGGAUUCUUCUUCGGGACUAUAUCUACGGCGGAGUGAGAGGUGAGCGACGGAAGAGGAUUAAAAAGCGGCUUGCGUUUUGCGGGUGUGUGCAACCGCCGCCAUCUCCUUGA